AUCUCUCCACCUUUUUUAUUAUCCCACGCAUUCUCAUUCCUUCCACCUCAGCUCAUUCACCAUGUCUUUUGCCGGCACCCCCCUCAACGGUCCUCUCUCUGCCCAGGAGUUCUACAAGCAGGCACUCGAGGAAUCUGACGCAGGCAAGCGUCGUCGUCUUUUUGCGGAUGCCCGCCAGUCAAACCCAGGCUCAUAUCAGCUCUGGGUGAAGGCGGCCGAGGUUGAGGAGCACUGGGGCGCGGAUCAGGGCAAGCUGAAGGACCUUCUUGUCAGGGGCGUCACAGUUUUCAAGAACCCUGCUGGCCCGGCCUGCACCGAGAACCACGACCAUUCGCAGCACGGCGUCACUGCACUCCAUUCAAUCGACAAGAACACAUGGUUGUCAGAGGCGACUGCGGCUGAGCAGAGUGGCAAAGGAAAGACAGCUGCGGCGUUGCAGGAGGUCGUCGGCGAGGUGUUGUAAUUGUAUAUAUAUUUUUUGUAUAAAACCAAACCCACCAGUGGACAGGGGAGGACCAGGAGGCACAUUCACUCGGAUCAAAAGAUCCCUCCCACCACCACUUGUGUUGAGUCCUCUUCACAAGGAACAAUAAACUUCAUCGUUCAGUUUUGUCAGCAAACAAGAGCGACUCCAUUGUGGCGAACCAGUCAAUUGGUCACAGGAUGCAAUCGACCCCGGGCUGAAAAACGGGCAAAGCAGAUUCGCGUGAAGGGCCCCUUAGUUAUGACCCAUUUGGCACGUACUUGACACGUACUUGGCACG